AUUUGACUUGCGGGCACGGGCGUGACCGUGGGUGCGACCGAAAGGUGCCAUGGUAAACGUGCUUUGGGGCGUGCACGCAGUCCAGCUGGAGGGGCCAUGUACAGCUACAGAUGUCCUUGCGAAAUUCCGCGAGGUUAUGCAGCUUGAGGAUUGUGCAGCCGAUGGCAAACAAAGGGUGGAUGUCUACCGCUUGGUUCCAAUAACGGAUCUUUCAAGUGAAGUGACAGAGGAGGAGAAGCUGGUGGUGCAUUUGCCUUGCUCGCCCUUUGAUUGCACCGCCAUUGAGGAAACUUUUCAGCAGCUACAAGAUGCGGAAAUUCGCAACGAACGUUGUCGAGAGUCUCUUGCGGCAUUGGCUGAAGCUUUGCGCGCCAGCGAGGCCGAGGAUGCACAGCGGCUGCAGCAGGAGAACUCCAAUCUCAGGCAGCAGCUGGAGCUAUGUGAGCAUGCUCGCCGGGUUUCGGAGCAGAAAGAGCAGGGCAAGCAGGAGUGCUGGGGCGGAUUGAGCCGCGAGGUGGGCUUCCUCAGACAGGAAGGGGCGGCACAGAGGCGUCAUCCAGCAUGGCAGGUGCCUAUUACUCCUCCGUCGCUUUCUGGCUGGGACGGACAUGUUGGGUCUGCUGCAGCCCCGACAAGCACUGCACCAGCAGUACUGAUACCCGCUUCUUGCCUCCAUGGAAACUCGCAACCAGGAAGCGCUCCUGUCACUCCACGUGUGCCGCAGCUUAGGCAGCUACCGCCACGAAUGCAUGUGGCACCAAUGUCCGCUGCUGCGCCAAGCGGGCUGAGCAUGGCACGCAUGGCGCAGAGCGCAUUCACAGUUCCUGCGAUGGUGGAGAGGAUGCGUGAGCCUUGCAAUUUGACAGGUUCGGCAGAGGACAGCACGGGCAUUACUGCGAACCACAGUUGUCACAUGUUGUCACAUCGUUUUGUACAUGGCUGCCGGUUUAAUUGGCCCAAGUCGUUUUUUCCUGGCCCUUCUUCCAGCAGUGUGAAACUUGGUAGACCAGGUCGGUAUCAUGCCAGCUGGCCGGUGCACUCCAACCAGCAAGGUGACUAAAGUGAGCACGUUGCGCAUGAGCGGCCAGCGAUAGGAGAAAA